GCUGAUUAAGAACUAUGAACAUCUAAGAACCUUAAUUAUAUUUCAUAUGUUUUUCCCUGAUCUGCUCUCUGUUCCAUCAGGGGCCCUUUGCUAUGCUGAACUGGGCACCAGUUUUAAAAAAUCAGGGGCUGACUACGCUUACCUACUGGAGACACUGGGGCCACUGCCUGCCUUUUUACGACUCUGGGUUGAGUUCUUAUUCAUCAGGCCUGCUGUUGCUUCCUACAUGUCCCUGGCUUUUGGCCGUUAUGUGGUGGAGCCAUUCUUUGAACCCUGUGCUGCUCCGACAAUGCUAAUCAAACUUGUUGCCAUCCUGGGGGCAACGUUUGUCGUGGCAGUCAACUGCUGGAGUGUGACCAUGGCCUCUCGCACUCAGGUCACCUUGACUUUCAUUAAGAUGUUUGCUCUGGUCCUCAUCAUCAUCCCUGGUGUCAUCGCACUGGCUAAAGGAAAAACUGAGAAUUUCCAGAAUGGUUUUGAGGUUGACUUAUUAACAUUAGAUAGAUUGCCCCUGGCCUUCUAUAAUGGCCUAUAUGCCUAUGCUGGAUGGUUUUACUUGAACCUUGUCACAGAAGAGGUCAUAAACCCAAACAGAAACAUCCCGCUGGCAAUAACCUUCUCCAUGGUGACAGUGACAGUCUUUUAUGUGCUUGUAAAUGUGGCCUACUACACCAUGAUGACUCCGGCUGAGCUGCUGGUGUCUGACNNNNCAAGAGCAGCUUUCUUGCACAAGGCAUUUGAUCUGGUCCGAAAGCACCCUGAGCCUUACUGUUUGUGUUGCAGGAUGCUGUUUGUGGGAGCCAGAGAGGGCCACUGGCCUCCAGUCUUUUCCAUGAUUCACAUCCGCAGACAUACACCAAUGCCUACUGUGCUGUUACUGUACCCCUUAGUGGUUGUGAUGUCAAUCAGUGGAGAGAUCUACCAGCUCAUCAACUUUGUCUCCUUUGCUCGCUGGUUCUUCAUCGCCUUGGCAAUCUUGGGGCUGCUCAUCCAUCGAUAUCGCUUCCCCCACCACCCAAGACCUUUCAAGGUGCCCCUGGCCAUCGCAGUCAUCUUCACGGUGGUUAGCUUCUUCAUCGUGGGCCUGUCGCUGUACUCUGACCCCUGGAACACUGGGCAAAGCUUCGCUCUCACUCUGACCGGGGUCCCAGUUUACUAUGUGACCGUCUACCGCUUUCGCUUGCCCAAUAGAUGCAGACACAUCUUCAACUACUGCAGCAAGAAACUGCAGAUCCUUCUAGAAGUGGUUCAACAAGAAGUUCAGAUGUACUGAGGACCCCAAAGACUGCUGUCUACUGACACAACACCUGGAUACCACUUUAGGCCCGUUUCCACCGCAGGAACUUCGGGGUAAUUUUACGGGGCCGGGGCCGUUGGUGCGUGUCUCCACCGCAGGAACCACCCCUGAAGGACAGAGUUCCG